AGAGAAAGAGAGAAACACAAUUUAAUUGUUAGAUCGUUGAAAGGAAAUGAACCAAUUUGUCGAUGAAAAGAAAAUGCUAUUCAAUAGUUAAACUUUCGUAACGAUUUUGAAACGAUCAAUUGAUCAGUUAAUUGUUGAGAAAUUAAUGAAACGUUCAAUUUUUGAGAGAAAAGAAUUGAAGUGAACUUUGAAAAUUCAUUUUCUCUUUUUUGAAUUGGCGCCUUUUCUCUUGGGUUCGUUUCCAUGGUUACCAGAAUCUCCGAAUUGUUUACAAAAUUGAUUGGGCCUUUUUCUUGGUUAAAUGUUUCAUCUUUAAUUGGUUAACUUUUUAAUUUUAAUUCUUUUUGUUGGUGAAAAAUGGUAAUUUGUGAAAAGUGUCUCAAAGAAUUCACCGCUCAAUCAAAUUUAAGUCGACAUUUAAGACAAAUUCAUGGGGAACCACCUAAACACUUACAUUCAUUGGUUUGUCCUCUUUGUGAUGACAAUUUAACUCGUGAGAAAUAUUUUCUUGAUCAUCUAAGGCAUAAUCAUGAUUUAACCAUUGAUGAAAGACAAUUGUUCUUCAACACAGAAGAUGAGUUUUAUAAAUGGAAAAUUUUAAUGGAAAAAUCAACAGCCAGUUAUUAUCGGAAAGACCGUUCUAAGAAGGAUAGUAAACAAAAGACCAUGUACUUUACUUGUAAUCGAUCUGGAAAUUAUUUACCAAAACAAGAGAGGAAACGGCGAUUAAGAGCUCAAGGAAGUCGUAAAAUUAAUCGCACUUGUCCAGCUAAAUUAAUUGUGACGAAAAACAAUUCAUCUGGACAACUAUCGGUCUAUUUUAUUCCAACUCAUGUAGGCCAUGAAACCGAUUUGAAACAUCUUAACCUACAUAAAGAAGAUCGGAUUAAAAUCGCUAAAAAAUUAGAAAUGGGAGCUGAUAGGAAUCAAUUACUAUCCAAAAUACGUGAAUCACUUUCAUCAACUAGUCCUCAGCGUCUACACAUGAUUACAGUGAAAGAUUUAAGGAAUAUAAAAGAUAAAUGUAUCAAAUCAAGGGAAGAAAGUGAACAAGGUCAACAAUUGCUUUUAGACGAAACCACCAACGAGAUUGAUUCAUCUAAUGAUGAAAUAGUAACAGCUGAUAAUCUGAAUGAAUUCAAUGUUCAAAUUGAUGGUGAAAUUCAAAUGGAAGAAGAUGGAUCAAUAUUAUUCGAUGAUAACAACAACAGUGAACAAUCAGAAGAUCGUCAAAAGCUUGUCGACAAUAUAAUGAAAAAUUUGGACAAUGAGAUUCCCAUCGAAACCCUAAAUAAUAUCAAAGAACUUAUCGAAAAUGCUAAACAUAAAAGUAAAUAUGUUGUCGAUAUGGGAGUUCCUAUUACUCGAUGUGGUCGUCGAAUUGUUCAAACUGAACAGUCUAAAUCAUCAAACAACGAAUCAACAACUGUCUCAUCAUCACCCAAAUUGCGAAAAAUUUUACCAAAACCAUCGUCAGAUUGUUGCAAUGUUAAUCUUAAACAAAACUGUGACCAGUCAAUUGAAACAAUCGAAUCUUCAAACGGAAAUCAACUUAAAACGACAAUAAAUGACAAUUGCGAUGAAAAUGGUAAACGAAAUAAUAGUAAAUCGACCAAUCUAAAAGUAAUUGAUGUUCCAGCAGAUUCACAGAUCCGAAGAAUUAAUCAAUCAUGUUUCAUCAUAAUUCCGCCAUCAAAAUAAGCCAAUCAUUUGUUAUUUUCCUUUUUCUCUCUUUUUUUCUUGUAUCAAGAAUAAUUGGCAUAAAUAAUUAACCAGCUCAUUCCACCGCAAUUAGGAGGAAAUAAUCUGGAAAAUCAAUAAUUUGUAUAUUUUUUAGGCGACAAUUUCAAUCCAGUUACUAAUCAUAAUCACUUUUGAUAACUUGGCACCGUUUCUUGCAUAAAAACCACUUGAAUUAAUCCAUAUUCAUUUAAAUGAAUUGUAACAUUUACAAAAACCUGUGAGAAAAAAAAAUUAUUAUGUACAAUUGUUGAUAUAUUAAUAAAAAUGAAUACUAUUUAUUGAAAAUGACGAAAAGAA